AUCUCAACGCAUUUCCACUCAUUUUCGCGCAUUCUCAUUUCGAGUCAACAACCCCUCCUACCGGAUCGGGCAAUCAUUCGAGAUGGCACCACAGAAGCUCAAUGUUCUGGUGUACACAGGCACCGGAUCAACCCUCGAAUCUGUUCGUCACUGCAUCUACUCCCUACGCAGGUUGCUAGGUCCCAACUACGCCGUGAACCCGAUUACCGAGUCGGCACUUCUCAAAGAGCCUUGGGCUCCAACUUGUUCCCUCCUUGUCUUCCCCGGCGGCGCCGACCUCGGCUACUGCCGUGUCCUUAACGGCGCCGGCAACCGCAGCAUCACCCAGUUCGUCCGUCUUGGAGGAGCUUACCUAGGUUUCUGCGCUGGAGGCUAUUAUGGGUCUCGCCGCUGCGAGUUUGAGGUUGGGAAUCCUGACCUAGAAGUCGUCGGUAGCCGGGAGCUGGCCUUCUUCCCCGGUACAUGCCGUGGUGGCGCGUUUAAGGGGUUCGAGUACCACAGCGAGCGUGGUGCAAGGGCUGCCAAGAUCUCUGUGUCGAAGGAUGCUUUCCCUGAACCUUCAUCGCUCCCGGAGGGGUUUCAGUGCUACUACAACGGUGGCGGGGUGUAUGUGGACGCCGACAAACUCACAGGCGGCUCCAGCAAGGUUCAGAUCCUUGCCGAGUACGCCGAAGACCUUGCAGUUGAGUCUGGCGCGGCGAAAGCCGCAAUAGUGUAUUGCAAAGUGGGCGAAGGCGCCGCGAUCCUUACCGGGCCCCACCCAGAGUUCGAUGCGGUGAACCUCAGUCGCCAGUCCGACGUCCCAGGUUAUGAUGACCUCAUUGAAGCCCUGAAGGCAGACGAGGAAGCAAGAACCUCCUUUUUGAGAGCGUGUCUCACAAAACUCGGUCUCGAAGUCAGCCAGGGAGCAUCACCCGUGCCCAGCCUGUCCAAAAUCCACCUCUCUGCCCUGAAACAUACCGACGUCGACGAGACUCUGUGUUCCUUUGACGAGAUUAUCACCCGGGAUGGCGGUGAAGAGUACAUCAAAGGGGGCAAUGAUCUGUUCCAUCUCGAAAAGCCGGAUUCUAGGUGGUCCUUGGCAUCUCUGAGUGAAGCCUUACAGAGCGAAAUCGGCGAGCCGAAGAAGAAGACCGGCCGAACAUCUCCAGACCCCACAGCUGACUACAGCCACGUCCCUAAACGUAUCGUUUCUCACACGGAUGCCUGGCCGGAACCUAAAGAGACGCCGUACUUCAACCACUCGGCCUUCUACUCGAGUCUUCGAGAGUUCAGAGCGAAGGAGGUCGAAGCCGAAACGUGGGGCAAUGUGCUAAUGUACGGCGAGGUCGUCACAAGUACCAACACCCUUCUUGAGAAAAACCAUCACCUCCUCUCAAAGCUGCCCACAGGAUUCACCCUUGCCGCAACAACCCAAGUGGCCGGCCGCGGCCGAGGUGCUAACGUCUGGGUUGCGCCCCCUGGGUCCUUGAUUAUGUCCACGGUCAUCAACCACCCCGCCCACUACGCAACAUCUCGCCCCAUAGUCUUCAUCCAGUACCUUGCUGCUAUCGCCAUCGUGGAAGCGGUAAAGUCCUACGACGAGGGCUACGCUGAUGUGCCCAUCAAGAUCAAGUGGCCUAACGACGUCUACGUCAGAGACCCCAAGAAACCAAACGAAGUCUCCUACGUCAAAAUCGCCGGCAUCCUAGCGAACUGCGCCUACUCCUCAGGAAACUAUCAGGUGGUCCUCGGCAUCGGGAUCAACACCAACAACGGCCGACCAACCACCAGCCUCGACGCCCUCUUGCCCCUGCUCGAGAGCGGCAGGAAGCUCGAGCCCUUCCGCAUCGAGCGGCUGCUCGCACGGAUCCUAACCCGUCUCGAGGCCCUGUACGGCGAGUUCUGCCGCAACGGCUUCUCGCGCGAGCUGGAGGGGAAAUACUACCAGCACUGGCUGCACACCAACCAGAUCGUCACGCUCGAGGCCGAGGGCGGGGUCAAGGCGCGCGUCGUAGGCAUCACCAGGGACUGGGGCAUGCUGAUGGCCGAGGAGGUGACCGACAACGGCAUCAACGGCGCGCUGCGCUCGACCGGCAAGGUAUGGGCACUACAGAGCGACGAGAACAGCUUUGACUUCUGGCGCGGCCUCGUCAAGAGGAAGAUCUAAGUCCCCGUGCGCCGUUCAGGGGCGGGCAUGUCGGUGUCAUCGCGGCUGGGUUGGGGUUUCGAGCACGGGCGUCGCUACCGAACGGCGAGCCGUGUGCUCGUUCGUCUGUUUGAGGAGGGUAGUGGCUCUGUGGGUUUCCACAUGGGGUCCGAGGUGGGACGUCAGAUCGGGGGUUGCUGUUGGGCGAGACAAGACUCGGUCAG